AUGGCAGCGAUGUUCCAUUCGAGGACAGGGUCCCUCGUAUCGCUCUCAAAUGAUAAUAAAACAGCUCAGCGAAACCACCCAGCGCAAGAAUUCAACAAUGGGGUUGUUCUCAGUAGUGAGCCGCUGAAAGAUAAUCAACUUUUUGAAGUGAAAAUCGACCGGAAGGUGAAUUCAUGGAGUGGUUCCAUUGAACUCGGUAUAACAUCAUGUGACCCUGGCCGUCUGAACUUUCCAACGAGCGCCACAGGAUUUCGGGAGGGGACAUGGGUAAUGUCAGGGAGCUCUAUUCUUAAGGACGGACAUUCGUUAAUAGAAGAAUAUGGUCGAGAUUUAGAUCAGUUAGCGGAAGGCGACCGUGUCGGCGUCUUACGGACGUCUAGUGGAUCCUUACAUUUCUUUAUCAAUGGUGCUGAUCAGGGUCCGGCUGCUACCGGAAUUCCGAACACUGUGUGGGCUGUUGUUGAUAUGUAUGGUAAAUGUGCUCAAGUUACGACUGUGGACGACAAUAGUAGAGAAAUAAUGAUCUCCAAUGAACUAACCAAUGAAGCCAUAGCUGAGGCGUCGUAUAUUCAUUCCAACGAACGUUUGACUUUUCACGAGCGCUGUGGGAGCCUCGUUAAGCUGAGUAACAACAGGCGCACAGCAGAACGGCGGCGCCCUCUUGAUGAAUUUAAUAAUGGUGUCGUCAUGACGAACAGACCUAUUAAGGAUGAUGAAUUAUUUGAGAUUCGCUUAGAUCGCCUGGUCGACAAAUGGUCUGGUUCAAUUGAGGUGGGAAUCACCACCCAUAAUCCUGCCAUGCUCGAAUUCCCUGCCACCAUGACGAACAUGCGUUCAGGCAUGGAUCCAUUCCAGAUGCAGAAUGGUACAAUCAUGAUGAGUGGGUGCGGCAUUCUUACCAACGGGAAAGGAACGCGUCGAGAAUAUGGUGAAUUCAACCUUGAUGAACUAACGGAAGGCGACCGGAUAGGUCUGAUGAAGAAAGCCAAUGGAACACUGCAUUACUACAUUAACGGCAUGGACCAAGGUGUUGCAUCCAGUCGCACUCCGGCAAUCGUGUGGGGUGUGGUCGAUCUGUACGGCAUGGCUGUGAAAGUGACCAUCAUUGAUAGCAGCGACCCAGGCUAUUCGGAAGAGACGCAGAGUCUCGAUCGACGAGUCAACAGCAUUUUCCGCCAGUAUCGGGAUAUGUAUACAGAACAAGAAAACCAUGAUGAUAACCAUGAGGUUGAAAAGCUAUUGUUUCACCCUCAUUGUGGAUCGCACUGUGCCGUCACCAAUGGCCAGAGGACGUCUUACAGGCCAAAUGCAAUGGAUGAUUUCAACAACGGUGUUGUGUUGACCCAGAGAAUCCUUCGGUCAAGUGAGAUGUUCGAAGUUCGCAUUGAUAAAAUAAUUGACAAGUGGGCAGGGUCUAUAGAGAUCGGUGUGACAACUCACACACCGAUGGGACUUGAUUUCCCAUCGACGAUGACGAAUAUUCGCUCUGGGACUUGGAUGAUGACAGGCAAUGGCGUCAUGCAUAACGGAACAACGACCAUCGACGACUAUGGUCAGAAUCUCGAUCGGCUGAAGGUUGGUGAUCGUGUGAGCGUGUCUAGGAAGGAGGAUGGAACUCUACACUUCUAUGUCAACUCCGUCGACCAGGGGGCGGCUGCUACCAAUGUCCCCGCCAAUGUUUACGGUGUGAUUGAUCUCUAUGGACAGGCAUCGCAGGCCACUAUUGUUGAUCAGACUGGCACAUUUGAUAUGGAGAGUCCAGCUGAAGCAGUUGGUGUUACAGAAGCUGUUUCAGACUCGUCUGAGGAAUUGCUAUUCCAUCACCUUCACGGGAAGAAUGCCACCAUCCUAAGUGGAGGGAAGACAGCAUCUCGACCUAACGCCUGCGGCGAAUUCAACGAUGCUAUUGUGAUGAGUAAUCGGUCGUUACGUGAUAAUGAGUUGUUCGAGGUGAUGAUUGAGCGCAUGGUGGACCGGUGGUCGGGCUCAAUAGAGGCAGGUGUUUCACUCAUCAGACCAGAGGAGAUUGACUUUCCUAACACCAUGACAGAUAUCGACUAUGACACUUGGAUGCUCAGUGGAUCUGCAAUCAUGCAAGAUGGUUCAACAGUUCGCAACGGUUACGCAUGCGACCUGGACAGUCUUGCGGUUUCGUCAAGAAUCGGCAUGAUGAGGCGCUCGGAUGCCACGUUACAUUAUUUUGUUGACGGUGUUGACCAGGGAGUUGCAUGUACAGAUAUACCCCGAGGUGUUUAUGCUGUUAUGGACUUGUAUGGUCAGUGUGCCCAGGUGACCAUCACAAAUGGGUCCGGUGUGCAGCCACAGGAGGUUAACCAUGUCUCCAGCACUGAGGUGACACCUCAUCAGUGCGUGACCACCUCGGGCAUGAAUGGCAUCAGCCAUCGGUUUAGUCAAUGUUGUGGAAAAAACGUGGCGUUAAAGAACAACUGCUGCUCUGCUCAAAGAACGAAGAACUUUAACCACGGGCUCUUGUUCAGCUGUGAUCCUCUCAGAGCCAAUGAAAUAUUUGAGAUCAAAAUUGACCAAGUGGCUAACCAGUGGUCUGGGUCUCUACAGAUCGGCUUGACAGCGAUGGCCGUGUCAAAUAGUUCGCCCGUAUCAAAUGUGCCAUCUUCAGCUCUAGAACUGAAAGCUAAAUCUGCGUGGAUCAUUGCUGGUUCAGAAGUGAAGAAGAAUGGUGUGACUAUUAAGGAGAAUUACGUGCCUUCUCUGGAGAGACUGGAGGUGGGUAACCGCGUUGGUAUCAAACGGUGCUCGGAUGGCACGAUGCAUAUCUACAUCAACGGUGAGGACAUGGGCAUAGCAGCUACCAAUAUACCUAAGAAUGCCUUUGCUGUAAUAGAUUUGUACGGUAGAAUAGAGGGCGUGACCAUAACGAGUUCAUCCUUUCAAGAUGCCCUCAAUUCCUCACGGCCACCCUCGAUACAUUCGGAGAGUACCUACGAAUCAAAUGAGCGGGAACAAGAUUUAGACACAGCCAACAGUAUACAGGUAGAACUCCAUGGUAACCAUGGUAAAAACAUUCUCCUUAGCAACAAGAAUCUCACAGCCAAUAGGACAGCAAGUUAUAAUCAAGGAAUGGUGGUCAGUAGUCGGCCGUUACCAAGGAACUAUAUAUUCAGGGUUAGAAUAGAUACUCUAGAUCUUCAGUGGACGUCCUCCCUAGUGAUUGGUGUCAUCGGCUUUCAGCCCGAUAAAUUCACUUUGCCCGUAUCCGCUGUUGGCAUGAAGCGGCCGUCUUGGAUGAUCCAGGGUGAUUCCUUAUUCCACUGUGGGGUAAAGGUAAAGGAGCGCUAUGGUCCAAACCUCGACAGUCUGCAGAUAGGUCAUGUGAUAGGGGUCAUGGUCGACGACGACAGCGCGCUACAUUUAUACGUAAACGGCGUCGACCAAGGGGUUGCAGCGAAAGAGAUUCCGAGUGUGUGUUACGCGGUGGUUGACCUGUACGGGCAGUGUGAUCAGGUCACCGUGGUGAGAGAUGAUGACGUCUCACAGCCACCGUCACCUCCAGAUCAGAGGGAGAAGGCAGACAUGGUCGAAGGUGUAAAAGAAAAGAUCUGUCCUCCAAUAGAAAUUAAUCAAAUCAAGAAUUGUGAAUAUCAGAAAAUGUGUACGCGAUAUAAAGUUUCACUCGGGCUUCCAGAUGGUUAUUUCAACUCGGACUUCAAUAUUUGUUUUUGUGAGACGUGCCAUAAGAUCCGUGGAGAUGAAGCGUAUGUACGACAAGGUGACCCACCCAAGGAAUAUGGGGUACCAUUCGGCUGGUGCCGGUUUGCACUCAGGAUGCCGGCUAAAGCAGACGCCAUGAAUGUGUUUGAGAAGUGGCACGUGGCCUAUCAUGGCACGCAAGUCGGUGCCAUUAGGAAGAUUCUCGACUGUGGCCAGCUUCAUACCCCAAGUGAUGUGAUGGGAAGUGCGCUCCUGGCACCACAGCCAACAUACUUCUCAGAAAAGAAGAAACCAGAUGACUGUGAUCUCAAGCAAAUUGUUGUUUCACCAACUACGAAUUAUGCCGCUUGCGAUAUCUUUGCUCCAAAACAUGAGUUCCGAGACCCGAAGACAAGGAAAACGCACCACACUCGCUUGUUAUUCCAAGUGCUGAUCAAACCCGGAUCAUACCGUGUCGAGCCUCAGUCGAUUGGAGCCAACGAACAGAUUGAUUCACGAUUCAAUAACAAUGAGCUUGAGUGGUCAACGAAGGAGCGGGGUGCUACGAUACUGUCUGGACUACUCAUCAAAGUCGAUUAAUGAAACUAAUUUAUUCAAAUGUCUGAUGCAGCGGUCAGUCAAUGAGAACCCUGUACCCCCCCUCCUCCCUGUUGUGGGAUGAAUGGCAUGAGCGCCUAAACAAACUUCUUUCAAAUUGUCCUUUGACAGCAAUCCCGAGGGGUUCCAAACAUUUCUACCGACUCUUUACCACUUCUGCAUUGGUUUUAGAUAUGCUCUCUUUUAUAGUCAGUUGAGCUACAUGCAUGCUAUUCAUCAGACCAUUAAUUUAUUAACAUUCAUACUUCCGUGCUUCUCAAUGGUAUGUUGAGCCUUCCUUAAGCGCUUUGGGAAGGUCUUUCACCUCGACCUCCACAGUAGGGGAACAUUAGCGUGACCCGGCCCUCAGUCGAGCUAAAAUCUUCUUGUACACGCUGCAGAAGCACAUCCACUACCAUACAGUGUCAUAUAGACACGCUGUUUCCAUUGACGUUACUCAAGUGAUGAGUGAGUGUAAUAUGUCUUGUGAUGCUUAAUUCUUUGUUUAAUACUGCUGCAGUGUGCAUCCAUGCAAAACUGUUGUGAUCUUUUUGUUACUCAGACACACUGUUGGUUGAGGUCGAGCACCAAGUUCUCAUCUUACUCUGAGCCUUUAUUCUUUGAGGUCACCUGUCACGGUUCUGGAAGUUGUAAUGGCAACACAAACUACAUAGUGAGAUAUUGGGGAAAUGCCUGGCAAGAUCACAAUGUCAUAUUUUGUAUAUGAUAAAAUGGGCAUCGCACAGCUUUCUCAUGAGAACGUCUUUUGUUCAGAUAUACCCUUUAUAGGCAGUCAGUUUUACAAGAGGCAUGAGAAAGCAUAUUAGAUUCAAUAGCUUAUGUGAAGUAGGCAAUUGUGUUGUUGAACGUGAAAUUAUCCAUUUUGGGUAUUCUGGUUAUUUUUGUUUUGUAUAGUUGUAAAAGACUUGUACAUAUUCAUAAUUUUGUUUAUUGAUGGGCUAACUACUGCAACUAAAGUGAUUAUGUUGAAAUCUUAAUAAAUAUCA